GUGCGGUCUGCGCAUGCGCUCACCCUCUAAAGAUGGCAGCCCCCGUGGAUCUGGAGUUGAAGAAGGCUUUUGCUGAAUUGCAGUCCAAGGUACUUGAUACACAACAGAAGGUGAAACUUGCAGACUUGCAGAUUGAGCAAUUAAAUAGGACCAAGAAACAUGCACAUUUAACAGAUGCAGAAAUAUCUACAAUGCCUGAAGAAGCACGCAUGUAUGAAGGUGUUGGUAGAAUGUUUAUUCUUCAGCCAAAAGUUGUAAUUCACAAUCAGCUCCUUGAAAAACAGAAAAUCGCAGAGGAAAAGAUCAAAGAACUUGAGCAACGAAAAUCCUACUUAGAACGCAGUGUGAAAGAUGCAGAAGACAACAUCAGAGAAAUGCUAAUGGCCAGAAGAGGACAAUAACAGUUUAGACUACUGGAAAUUCGGUUUCAAAAUUAUACAGAAGCCACUUUUGUAUUGGUGCUUAUUAGGCUGGAUUCUCGGAGAUUGGUGUCCAUGAGCCAACUCCCACCAUUAACUCAAAGCCCAUCAUCCUUUUCCAGUGACACAAUUUUGACCCAGUUUCUUUUGUGUGUCUAUGCUGCCAGGUGAAAUGAAUUGGACCUGGUUGUAAAACAGGCGGGAAUCGACUCAUGGCUAGCAAUCAUCUAGCAUCCAACUAAAAUAUAAAUUAAUAUAACAGCAACUAAAAUGGUACAACCUACCUGUACAAAUGAUCAUUUUGCUUCCAAGAGCACACAAUUCCUGUGACCUGUAUAGUAUUGUGACAGCCUUGAUCUCCAAAUUCAGCUGCACUUUUAUUACCAAAUUUCCUUCGUUCUCAAAUUCAUUAUCUUCAUCAAAAAAUCAAAACUUUUUUUAAUACAUGUAAGCAGCUUCACUUUAUUUUAUGUGAGUUAUAUCAGCACUGAAGUUUUGGCAGCCUCAGUUGUUCAGAAAGCAGACCUGUAUUUUCUAGUUUCCUAAAGUAUGCACAAUAGGUAAACUGAUAUUGAGACAGGUUUAGAAUACAUCAUCACUGCUUCAUUAAUCCUAGCAUCCGUUUUCACGUUUGAAUAUAAGAUUAUAUAAAUGUGCAUUUGUGAAUAUGAGAUGUGCUCUGACACAAACUCAUUAUUUGUUUUGCAUAUUGAGAAGAAUCUGGUAAAAUGGAAAUAAAAUAUCAUAAUAUAAAGUGCUGUUCUAUUCUCUAACUUUAUAAAUCUUGAUUAUGUGCUUUUUGUUGUAAUGCUAACACAUGCCGUCUCCCUGAAGUCACUAAGGUGGUUUUAGCUGUGUCAUUAUUGUGGCCAAUGGAUCAGUUUUACUCCUGCCAACAGGAAUUUGCAAAAUUUGUCCACGUGUUUCCCAUUCAUUGCAUUUGCCCCAUGCCAAUUACAAAGUGCUCCUGGUUGUAGUCAGGCAGAGCAGACAAAACCUGCACUCUUGUCCUGCCAUAUUUAAUGGCAUUGGGACCCAACGCUAUGAAAUAGUUAGAUACACUUUUGAAUAAAACUAUUGAUGUACUUGAAAUUAAUGUCCAGAGGAGGUGUAAAAGAACUUUGUGACAGCCCAAUGUUGUGGUAAAUUACUCACUAAGUAACUCUUGUACAAGACUCCUGAAAAAUAGUUUCAUACCUAGUUUUAUUCAUGAAUUGUGGAAUGAGUGCAACUGGCUUUAUCUUCAGAGCAUGUAAAUGAUACCGCAUUUCAUUGACAUGCAUGUCUUCGAUUCCUUUGUAAUUCCUUGCUGUUGGAAAUGUACAUUCUCAUUUUGAAUCUAUUAUUAUACUGUAGUUUGCUCCAUUAACCUUUUUAUCAAGCUUUAUGGAGAAGCUUAACUUUUUAUUUCAGAUUUAAGGAGUUCACUCAGUAGUGAAUUCCCAACUAAACAUCUGACGCAUGCUCUGGACAAAUUUACUAUUUAACAUUAUAUCUGUACAAUGGCUAUGUGUAAUAUUCAACAAUGAUAAUUGACAUUA